AUGUCCUUAAACUACAUCAAAAACUUCUAUGAAGGAUGCCUCAGGCCUCCUACGGUGAUAGGCCAGUUCCACACCUUGUUCUUCGGCUCGGUUCGGAUGUUUUUCCUAGGUGUUCUUGGCUUCGCCGUUUACGGGAACGAGGCUUUGCACUUUAGCUGCGACCCCGAUCGCCGAGAACUCAACCUGUACUGCUACAACCAGUUCAGACCGAUAACACCUCAGGUGUUUUGGGCGUUACAGCUGGUCACAGUGUUAGUUCCAGGUGCAGUGUUCCACCUGUAUGCAGCUUGUAAGAACAUUGACCAGGAAGAGAUCCUCGAACGGCCCAUCUAUACAGUUUUCUACAUAAUUUCUGUUCUUCUACGCAUCAUUCUUGAAGUCAUUGCCUUCUGGCUACAAAGCCAUCUCUUUGGCUUCCAGGUCCACCCACUGUACAUGUGUGAUGCCAGUGCUUUGGAAAAGGCCUUUAAUGUGACUAAGUGCAUGGUGCCUGAACACUUUGAAAAAACCAUCUUCCUCAGUGCCAUGUACACCUUCACUGUGAUCACCAUACUCCUCUGUAUUGCUGAGAUAUUUGAGAUACUCUGCCGAAGGCUUGGUUAUCUCAACAACCAAUGACUCAUGCACACAAGCACAGAUAAAAUGACUAAGGGUGAAAAUAUAUGACACCAUUUCCGCCAGCUUUUAUUGGCCUCGUGGUCAGCUACUGCUGGACUUUUAUCAAACAGGAAGCUAACAUAAGAGCUGAACCUCACCUGUUGUCCAUCGUGACUCAGCUGCACCAAGAAAUCUGAGAAUGUGCGACAACUGGCAAGUCUGAAAUAUUUUCUAGGUGUUUUCUGCCCUUAACUACAGAGUGAUCAUCCCUAGUUGUGUUUCGGAUGUCAGUGGGUCUGUACUGGCUGUGUCCAAGGUUGUUGUAUGGACGUGGUGGCCAGAGAAAAUGUACCUCUGACUCUGAAGCGUUGGGGGAUGGAAUAGCAAGAUUUGGUUUUCUUUUUUUCCACAUGAUGACUGAAAGACAGGCUUCAACUUCAGGGUGCUACUAAAACCUGUGACUACAAGGUAAGCCUGGUGGCCCAUAACGGUUUCAAUUUGAGGGUCAGAAGAACCCUGUUCUUGGAGUUGUGCCCAACUGUACAUCAGAUCGAUACUCUUAUGUAAGAAACACCCUGGAAGCAUUUUGCGGCACAUAUUUCAGCUUGCUUAAGGGUCUGGUGUGCACUAAAUGUAUCAAGACUUCAAAACCAACUUGAUGCAUCUUUUCUGGACUUCAUUCAUAGUGUUUAAACAGUGGACCUUAACAGCUCUAUAUAUCUUCAUGUAAUGUAAUAGCAGUCAGCAAUGCAAACAAUUUAGCUAUAGUCACAUAAUUCUGUAUGAAAGUGCAGUUAAACUCUCUAGCCUUGCUUGUCUUCCAGGUGCUGAUCAAAUGAGACAGGCAGACUAUAGAGCUGGAAAUGGAUUGUCACUUAUGUCACAGAAACUGUGAUGCAGUAACUUUACCCAUGGGCGAGUGAAUUGCAGGUGUCAUUGCUCCUGACACUCCAUGUGUGACAGUUAUCGCUUCCAAUAUAUGUUUGCUAUUGCUUCCAGCCCAUUCUGACCUUAACAUCCAUCAACAUGAGGGCCAGAACUUUGUUGUGGACUAUUGAUGGGGAUAUCGGCCUUAUCAAUCCUAUCUGUUUGAGCUUGGUGGGUGUUAAGGAACAUGGCCUAUAGAAAGGCGAAAGGCUGUCGCAAACAAACCACCAAUCUCAUGCUUCGUUUGCUUGCAUGAUCUCUUUGAACAAUGUAUUCUGAGAAUGGUGCCAUUACUAACCACUGAAGAUGGUUUUACUCAUUUAGGCCAAAGAUCUCUCCAAUAAUCUGAAAAGCAAGGAAUAAAAAUUAAAAGAGAUUUAUAUUCGGAAGAGUCAAUUAUAAGUAUUGGUUAAACUUGAAUAUACAAAUUUGUUGGAAUGAAAAUAUUUUAAAAAGUACUACAGAUUGCAAUGUCUUUUGAUUGUCUGAAAAAAAUCAUCAACUGCCAGUAAGAAAUACUGCACAAUUCUUGUGCAGAGAAUUGUACAAAUAAAUUGGAUUUCUCAGAGACUGAUGAGGUCUCAGCUAGUGUUGAAAAACAUCACUCUGUAGUGUAAUUCCUAACUGACAUGGAUGAAAUCAACAUCAAGUUCCAAGGUCCUGUUGGUCUCAUACAUAUAUAAUAACUAUUAUUUUUCUGGUUGAAAAACAAAACUAAGUGCUCAUUCAGUCCAGAUACAUUCGAAAUGAUGGUUGACCUUUUGUUCAUGUCUGAUUCUCCUCUGACUCCCCUUUCUUUAUAAUGAUUACCUUUCCCUAGCUUGUAGUACUACACAUAAUACUUUAUGUAACUGUGUGUUUGGUGUCGUUGUCAGUGUAUUUUGAAAAUGAUUACCUCUCAUGUUUUGUACUUUGUUUUAUUUAUUUUUUUUUUUUAUCAGGCAUCCAUCCAACUUUUGUUAUGAAGUUUUCAGCAAUCUGUUUAUCAUCUCAGGUACAAAAUUGCAUUACCAGACAAAAGUGGAUCCAAACCCUCCUUUCAAAUCCUUUCAAACCCUAAGAUCAGCUUCUCCAGCACUGAGGGACCACUCCAUUUGAUCCCAGCUUAGAGUACCAAAGGCCUGGUGAGUCUGACAGGCUUUAAGAGGAUUUGAAACAGGUAUGUGACACCUGUGAUUUGGGUUCGUCUGCAUUCUGGUAUCUGUUUGUAGAGGAUGGUUUUAAAUUUUGCCUCUAAAGUUUGGUCACCAAGACGUUGGAAUGUUUAUAUUAAAUAAAAAUGUAGAGCUCCACAUCUGUACUGUUCAACUCAUGUAGGAGAAUGUGACAUGUAAGUGGGUUUGAUAAAAUUGUGGGCCGUUUUGUGGAAAUACAGGCCUGAUCGGCAUUCUACAGAGCCAUCCCCUGUAACAGUGACUAUUCAGCCACUGAAUGGCACACAAAAUGAACGAUGGGAGUGAUGAUCUUUUCUUUUUAAGACAAAAAACAUCAGGCACAUGACUCACUAAAUAACUUGCCCAGCAGCUUUUAAGAAGGCAUAAUUUCAAAGCAAAAUUCAUCCAUCUCGGUCUAUUCACCACGAUUAUUCGUAUGAAUCUUCCACGUUGCAUUGCACCAUUGACCAACACAAACCAUCUCGUCAGUCUUUCCUUUAAGGGUACACACCAGAAGUUGUCUUAUUAGCUGCACCAUUGAAACCAAAGCUGUAGUUUCCAGAUAAAAGUCAUUGAAACAAAUAUCUCU